CCAGUUGAUCACGGAAAGGAGAAAGGAAAAAGAAAAAGUUUUACCCAAUCACCGAUCGCCUUGUCUGGCGGUGGCCGCUAUUGGGUUAUUUUCAUUUGAAGUAGGUGGGUGGGGCGUCAGGAGGUGGGUCAUUACGCAGGCCCAGUCUGGUUUCUCUGUACCCUUUGCCCUGGUACACUGUGGGUGACGCGUCACAUUCCACCUCAGCGCGUCAGGACUUGAGCGAGAGCAACGGACGCCGCUGCCGUGUUGCGUUGAGAGGAACGGGAAUGAGUCGGUAGCCGUCUGAGUGGCCGCCGCCAAAAACACCAUCCCUCUGAAGGGCGCUCCGUGACUCUCCUCCGUCUCUCGCAAUCAGCAGUUACCCCCGCCGGGAGGAUGCGCCGCCGCCCCCUGACCCGAGGAGUUAGACGGGGAAGACGAUGAAGGAGCUGCCCCGUCGGCUUCUGCUACUGGCCUCCACCUGCUUCCUUCUAGGCUGCUUGCUCGGAUUACCCAGCUGGCAUGUCUUUUGUAAAGAGAGUCCUUCAUCUGCUGCUUCGUAUUUUCCAAAUGAGAACUGUCCCUUGGCAAACACGGACGAGAGCAUCCAGGAAAAGGAGGAGACUGAUGGAUCCAUUGGAACUCUACCUUUGGAGCACAUUGAUUCCAGUGUAAACAGCUAUCCUGAAGAAUGUUUAGUUGACUGUUCAAAACAAAAAGAGAGCAUGGAGAUGAGGGAAUUGAGGACACCUGAAGUUGAGGCACAGUCUUCAGUGGAUUCAAAGGAAGAUUCUUUUCGUAUAUCGGGUAUCCCUGAGAAUACUUUCAGCAUAUCUACCUCGGAGAUCUCACCAGUCUCUCUGCCCAAUGCAAUAGAAAAUUCCAGUGCUGAUAUCCCUGUAGCUAGCUCUGCUGAAGUUGAACAGUUAGAACCUGACUGUGACAUUGGUGGAGCACUUGAGGCUGACCUUCAUAGUGAGCCUUCCUCUCUUGGCACUUCACCAGAGAGCCUUGUAGGUCAACAUAUAGAAAAUAUAUCUUCACAUAGAAAAGGAAAGAUGACUAAAUCAGAAUUUGAACCUAAAGUUACUGCAUCUGAGCAGAAGACUGCUCCAAAACCUGCACUCAAUGCUUCGGGUAACAUUAGAGGGGAGAGAAAAGCAGGAGAAAUUGACCCAACUUCUGUAAUAACCCCAAAGGAUCCAGGAGAUAUUCCCACAUUUGACGAAUGGAAAAAACAGGUUAUGGAAGUGGAAAAAGAAAAGAGUCAGUCAAUGCAUCCAUCCUCCAAUGGAGGUCAGCAUCUCACAAAAAAGGUUCAGAAAAAUAGGAAUAAUUAUGCUUCAGUAGAGUGUGGUGCCAAAAUAUUGGCAGCUAACCCAGAAGCAAAGAGUACAUCUGCAAUACUAAUGGAGAAUAUGGACCUCUACAUGCUGAAUCCAUGCAGUACUAAAAUCUGGUUUGUCGUUGAACUGUGCGAACCAAUUCAAGUAAAGCAGCUGGACAUUGCCAAUCAUGAGUUGUUCUCAUCUACUCCCAAGGACUUUCUGGUGUCUAUCAGUGACAGGUAUCCAACAAAUAAGUGGGUCAAGCUAGGCACUUUUCAUGCUAGAGAUGAGAGGAAUGUCCAGAGUUUUCCUCUGGAUGAACAGAUGUAUGCCAAAUAUGUAAAGAUGUUCAUCAAGUACUUAAAGGUGGAGUUGGUAUCACAUUUUGGAUCAGAACACUUUUGUCCAUUAAGCCUUAUAAGGGUGUUUGGAACUAGCAUGGUUGAAGAAUAUGAAGAAAUAGCUGAUUCACAAUACCAGUCUGAAAGACAAGAGCUCUUUGAUGAAGACUAUGAUUAUCCUUUGGAUUACAAUGUAGGAGAAGAAAAAUCCUCUAAAAAUCUUCUUGGUUCUGCCACAAAUGCCAUUUUAAAUAUGGUGAAUAUUGCUGCUAAUAUACUUGGAGCAAAAACAGAAGAGGACUCUACUGACCAAGGAAAUAAAAGUGUCUCUGAAAAUACAUCUUCUACUUCCAGUGCAGAAUCCAAACUGCCGGAGCCAACCACCAUUCCUUCCUUAGAGCCUGUUACUUCAGAGAUACCACAAACUGAUAAGGAGCUCUUAGUCUUAGAUAUGAGAGAGAGCCCAAUUGUUCAGUUAGUCCAUGAAUAUGAAGAGGAAGCAAGUCAGUCAACAGUGACCCUACUGCCCAGUGAUGAACAAGAAGAAGAAGUAUCAUGGUUUGAGUUUGAAACACAAAUCUAUUGCUAUGACCUAGUGACAGUCUGUUGUAUUUCCAGCUUUUCAGAAUAUUUGUACAAGUGGUGUUCAGCAGUAGCAACGCUUCAUCGCUACCGCAGCAAAAGUGAUACCAGCUGGGGAAAAUACUACUCUGCUGCUGGUUGGCAGGCCCAGCUAGUUCCAACCAAAUCAUUGCAUAUAUUGGUACAUGAGCAUCUUCCAGAGGAAUUGGACACCUUAAUUGCAGAGCCAACUGAAACUGUUGUAGGUGCCCUAAGUAGCAUGUUGGAUGAGGCUAUGAUCAAUCAGACGGAGGGUGCUUUUGAGCUGGAGCCCAGUCAUCCACAGACUGUCUCUCAGUCCAUUUUCUUGGAUGUUACAGUAGCUAAAUCACUGUCUACAACUGAGGUAUCCUCAGAACCUACAAAACUUGAAGCUGCAUCUGAAAGCCCAGAUGUACCUUCUCAAGAGCAAAGUCCUUCUGAAGAAGAUGGAGUUGUAGGGUCUGUUACAGAGAAGCCAUCUGCAACCAAUAUUGUAAUUGAUUUCAAGGAAAUGAGCACAGAAGAAAAAAGCUCUACUGAACUUAUUUCAAAACCAACAGAGACUGUUCCCCAUUCUGAAUGUACAGUAUCCAUAGAAAGCUAUGAGAGGGAAGCAAAAGUUACUUCUUCAGAAAUGGAAAAGCAGGUGAUGUCUCUUGUGGAGGCAUCUUCUUUGGAAAUAAAAGAUGAUGAUGAGCAGACAGCUGAGGAAACAUUUCUUGCUAUUCCUAUCUCUGGUGGAUUGCCACGAACUGCUACAGACUUCUAUGCUGAAUUGCAGAAUUCCACAGACUUGGGUUAUGCAAAUGGGAAUCUUGUUCAUGGAUCAAACCAAAAAGAAUCUGUGUUUAUGAGACUCAAUAAUCGCAUUAAAGCCCUAGAAGUAAAUAUGUCUCUGAGUAGCCGCUACUUGGAAGAACUUAGUCAAAGGUACCGCAAGCAAAUGGAAGAAAUGCAGAAGGCUUUUAAUAAAACUGUAAUAAGACUUCAGAAUACUUCACGCAUAGCAGAACAGCAGGAUGUGAAGCAGACGGAGGCCAUUCAGCUUCUACAGGCACAGCUGACCAACGUUACACAGCUAGUCUCCAAUCUGUCAUUAACUGUGGCUGAACUAAAAAGAGAGGUUUCUGAUCGUCAAAGCUACCUUGUGAUUUCCUUGAUGCUUUGUGCCAUCCUGGGCUUGAUGCUUUUUGUGCAGCGUUGCAGAAAUAAGUCAGAGUUGAAUAAUUACUUCUCAAAAGUUCCCAAAAGUAAUCACUAUCCCAGUCCUAAAAGAUGUGUUUCUUCCUAUGAUGAUACGAAUUUGAAGAGAAGAACCUCCUUUCCACUCACCAGAUCUCAGUCUUUUCAGCUAAAUGAUAAAGAAGUGGACCCAGAUGACUUGUACAUUGUAGAGCCACUGAAGUUUUCCCCAGAAAAAAAGAAGAAACGUUGCAAGUAUAAAAGUGAAAAAAUUGAAACUAUCAAGCCGGCAGCCGAACCUGUGCAUCAGGUAGCUAAUGGAGAAAUAAAAAGCAGGAAGCCCUUUACAAACCAGAGAGACUUCUCUAAUAUUGGUGAUGUAUAUCACUCUUCAUACAAAGGUCCCCCAUCAGAAGGAAGUUCAGAAACCUCAUCACAGUCUGAAGAGUCCUACUUCUGUGGCAUUUCGGCAUGCACAGCGUUGUGCAAUGGACAAAUCCACAAAACAAAAACUGAGAAGAGGGCUCUCAAACGAAGGCGGUCUAAAGCCCCAGAGCAGGAGAAGCUCAUAAAAGCAUUAAUACAGACUAAGGCAGGGUCCUUGCCAAGCCUGCACGAUAUCAUCAAAGGAAACAAGGAUUUAACAGUGGGAACACUUGGUGUCACAGCUGUUUCUGGGCACCUUUAAAACUAAUUGAACUCUUCACAACAGGAGUUUUUUGUAUGACAAAUCUUUUACUUGGGCGUCUGGGAAAGAGGUUCGCUAAUUGGGAAGCAUCUAGAAAUUACGAUGAUUCUUUUAAAAAUAGAUAGGAUUGUGUCAGCAACCAUCCUUGGUUAAUAAGUUUCAGCGUUUUCGAGGCUGAUUUUCUAUAUGGAUAACUUUGGGAUGGGUGGAGAUUGUGGGGUGGGGACUCGUUUUAUACAGUGUUUUUCACAAUUGCUGGCAGUAAGGUCUUGAAUCCAGUUUGUGUGGAACAGAGUUAAAGCAUCUGUUCCCAUUUUGCUGUGGCACUGUUUCUAGCACCUUUCCAUAUUUAUGUGCCUUUUGUCUGUUUAUAAUACCACGGGAAGGGGGAACAAUUUUAUUUGUACCUUUAACUCUUCUGGAAAUACAACACUACAGUGCUAUAGAAGAAAAUACUGGCCUCCAGUGAGAUUACAUAAUAUGACUUGGAUACUGUGGAAAUAUUGUCAGGUAGACUUUCUCUUUUAGAUCUGUUUUGCAAACUCACUUGUGGCCAAUACAUCUGUUGCAACAAUUAAUAUUCUUUGAUGGUACAAUACCCCUGCACAGUGUGAUAUUAACAAACAUGCUUUGUUGCCCAGUUGACUUGAUUAACAGAGAUAAUUAACAUUAUGAUCUUUAGCUGUAUUCCUGUGCUAAUAAAUUGGGAGGAAAGAACCAUUUGUGCCAGUUCUGCAUAAAAUUGGCUAUCAAUAAAAGUGCACCUGUGAGUUUGUCAAGCUUCAUAUUUUAUAUUCUGUUCCAAAAAGUAUGUUCAUAAUGUUUGAUUUUGUAUUGAGUAACAUACGUUCUUUGUGUGACUGUGUAUGUAUGUGUUUGUACUUUUUCAUGGUUUUUUUAAUUGCAUAGCUGGAAUGCGAGUACAUCAGUGAAUGUGAUGGAAGAUCCAUUUUGAGAAUUUAGAGGUUGUUGUAUAAGUUAACUUAUUAAGCACUUUUAGUAGCACCUCAUUUACUUUUCUUAAAAGAGCUAAUUCCUUUCCUGAAUACCAUUUGUAAUGUGAACUUAUUUAAAGCGUUUAUUUUGCAACUUUCAUGUUUGAGUACUUUUUACAGUGAUGAACUUGAGUCUGCAAAGCUAGCCAGUCAAAGAAGUGGACCUGGUUGUGUUUUUUUAGAACAUGGAUUGAGAAGGGGGUCCAAACAAUAAUGGCAAUCAUAAGGGUUUUACUAUUUGCGUGAAGCAUACAAAAUGGGAGGGACUAGAAGUUGUAAUAAGUAACUACAGAUUUGUAGUGCCAGUAGAAACUGUGAAUUUCCAAAUAAAUCUGAACAUUUGUCUUUAAAA